GCAAUGAUCAUUUAAGGCACCAGAUUGAGUGUGCACGCACGUUUUGGUUCAUUGCCCAAGCGAGAGUUCCAAUGGCUUCAGAUCAGAGGAGGAUUGCAUGGAUUUGGCUCUGAUAUCCUGCUAAUACCAUGGGAAAAACUGGCAUUGAUUGCUCUUAGAAUAACGCAAGUUAGUAAGGCACGCACGUUGCCUCACCAGUCCCGGCGAUGCGUCUGGACUCCUGAUUGCCUAGACUACAUGCUGCUCCACUAAAUAGAUACUUCAUACAACAUUGUUCGGAAGAACAACCGGAUUCUUGCUUAGCUCCGUGAUGAUGUACCUGCGCGCUACAUUCUGACUGAAUCUUCAUCACUUUUCUGUGAACUUCGGAUGCAGUGCACUGUCACGCGGGAUUCUCUUGCACGUUCGCCUCUCAUUAGUCAGCACCACCUCAUGUAGUCGCCGAUGCGUAUCAUCAAAUAAAGCAGAGUCAGUCAUUCAUCUACGCCACCGCGAUACAAGCGUAUUUAUUGUAAUGGUUCGACCUAUCAGCUAAUGGAGGAGUGGAAAUCAAUUACGAGUACGACCCGUUGAAUGAGUUGGUGCGCCAAAAGUGAACACUGACUGAAAAUAACGUGCAUAACGACAUCCAGAAUGGGUGUAAUUCCAUCACCUUAGCAUCGCUUCGAGAGAGUCCCUUGGUACCAAAGGAAAAAACACUAACACUGUUCAUUUUCACAGUUUAGAUUGAUAUUGUUGGGUAACGAGUUUCGAAAUUUGAUUUCCCCAAAAUGGCAAACACAGUUGGAGACCUUGCUACGGUAAUAAACAAGGAAUACGUAGGAGUGCUCCUACCGAUUAUCGUUUAUAUGUGCACUUUAGCUGUUGUUGGAACAAUCGCCAACACUGUCACCAUAUUAGUUUCUUGUUGUAAACGUAAACAAAUUGGGGGCUUGAUUCCUGUGUUCGUCAUACGAUGUUUUGGAAUAAUGGACGUCGUUGUUUGUGCGCUAGCAAUACCACUGCAGGUGUCAUUUUUGUUCCAUUAUUUCAUAUGGAACGAACCGAAGGCAUCCAUAUUUGACGCCAGACGACUUUUGUGUAAAGGGGUUGCUCGCAUCGUCUGCUGGGAAAUCGUGGCGACAUCACUGAUUUUGAUUGUAACUGCCCUGGACCGGUAUAAUAUCGUCUGCAAGAAAUUCCGCUACACCCUAACCCCAGCGGGUACAAGAUGUAUGAUAUGGUUCUCGCUAAUUCUCGCGUUUCUCUUGGAUAUUCCGCACGUUAUCUUGGGUGAUGACGUCACGAUUGUGACCGCGAGAGACAUCUUUCUAUCAAAACCGUAUCUGAUAUACGACGGGAUAAACAGUUCGUUCGUAGCCCAGGAUGUCAAUGACACGUUUUGGGUCUGUGAGCAUGUCCCGCUACAUUCACACCUGGAGGACGUCUCCUUUAUGUUCUUUGCAAUUCUAGCAAUCUUUUUCUUCAUUUGCCUCCUCGUGACGUCAGUUUUCUAUGGGUUGCUCUGCAGGUAUUUCAUGGUUCAGGACCCAAUGAAAAUGCUAACCGAUGAGGUCAUCCGGGUCGUCAUCACUCAGAACGAGACUAUCACACCAGGGGUUGCUGGGAAACCCGGAAUCAAAAAGUCUACAGAGGCUAGAAUCUGUGACGCGAUCAGCAGACAGGGUGGGUCUGCAGAUUUGGAACAGCUCUCCGUGCAGUUCAAAGAGGAACUCGAAGGUGGACCUGAAAUAGAGGAACUGGACGAAAAAGAUCAAGGAGGGGAGGCCAACACCAGUGGCUGCAAUAAAGAAACGGAAAAGUUACAUCCCCCUGAACAGCAGGAAGGAAUGCAAUUCGGCAAAUGCCCUAGAACGACGACCAAAAUUAUGUUCGCGAUUACCAUUCUGUAUGUGAUUACAUUGGCCCCGUUUAUUGGGCUUCGUCUCUACGGGAAGCUAAUGACCGAUGCAAUGGACCAACACAAGGACAGAAUAGCAAUGUACAACACUGCAUUGCUCUUUCUUAAUUAUCUUUUCUUUCUCAGCAAUACAAUCAAGCCGUUCCUCUAUUUCCUGAUCGAUUCGUCAUUCAGACAAGAUUGUUAUGAUUUGUUCAGUUGUACGUGCAUUCGAGGUUGACCCCAAGUUUUAAUUGUAUCUCACGUUCACAGACUGUUAACCGCAAAAUUAUGAUACUUCUCAAUAGUUUUGCGAUAUGCGAAUUUGUGAUUUUGGUUUUGCCGAAUUGGAGUUCUACUCGUGAUAUUUACUGAUACGCAUUAUUCAGGAUAGUUGAGCCAAUAAUGUAAAUGCCAUGCAGAUCACGUCAAUUCUACAGGUUCUUUUUGAGACAUAAGACCAAACAGCUUAAAUUGGUGAAUUAUUUGACAUUAGUUUGGUUGGAGUCAAUACCGAUACUUAUUUUGUUGCUGUGAAAGUUAAACGAGUUAUUGACUGUAAGAAUUGAGUGAACUGCGACGACGGGAUUGAAUCCUAAUGAAUGUCCUCUCUUCGAGUUGGGAAGAAAGGGAAACCAAUGACUUCAAGCGAUAGUUUGUUAAGCCCACAAAGUCAAUGUGUACUUCCGUCGUGUAAUAUGUAGGUUGUGAGCAAUGCAUCAAUGCAAAUUUAACCAGGAGUAUACAUAUUUCUGGUACAUGUAUGAGAAUUCCCUUUUUGGGCGUGAAGUAAUUAGUUUCAGUGGUGUUUUCCUGUUUCAAGUCGUCAAAACGGGAGGGGAAACGACUUGAAGACUAGAGGAAAGACCAGAGGCCCCAGUCUACAAAUCGUUUUCUUAAGGGUAUUCAGUUCAUCUUCUUCAGCGUUAGCCCUGUCGGAUAUUUUCAAGUAAGAAAACAUCAAGCACAGUAUAUUAUUCAUAAUUCGGCACAUGCCUCGCGUAUGGAUAUCCUAUACCAUCGGUGGUACACAAAAACCGCAAGAUGCGCACCGCCGGGGCGCGGGGCUGUCCCAAUGAACCCGUCGUCAAGUUUGGUGUGGACACUUGCGAGGAAAGCGUGACCGCAUCACAAAGCAUCCGCUCCAACCUUUCUCGCUAGUGGGCUUUGCCUACCAACAUGAAAAGGUCGUAGCCAACAGGUGGUAAACUCCGGACGCACGUACGUACGUCCUGUCGCAUAUGGAGAUCCAAUUAGGAUAACGCAAU